UCUCUCUCUCUCUCUCUCUCUCUCUCUCUCUCCAGAAAAAAAAGAUGUUUCUUCCACAAAGCCUCUUGUUAAAUAUAAUUUUAUUUUUGGUGGUGAGUGGUGGGGGUGAGUUUGAGGCACCACCUUUAGUGUGUGUGUGUGUGUGGACUUUGAGCUUCUGAGCCAAUGAAGAGGGGAUGUGCAAAUGAGCCCGGCUCACCCGCGGUGUAAGGGGAGUGGAGAGAGAGGGAGAGGCAAGCGACUGAGGAAACUAACCACAUAGUGCAGGGAACUCUGCCUUGCAAAGACCUCUCCACUCUUUCUCUCUCCCUCUCGCUGUGAUCUUGGACUAACUGGGAUCCUUCUGAUUGUCUCUAACCCCCAUGAGGGUCUUGCAACUUUAACGUUAGUGUGGACGCCUGGGAGGUUUAGAAAACGGUCCCAAAAUGAAGCGUAAGAACCACAUGGCCAAGGCUCUGUACGACAACGUCCCCGAGUCGGCGGAGGAGCUGCUGUUCCGCAAGGGUGACGUGCUGACGGUGAUCGAGCAGAAUACGGGCGGCCUGGAGGGCUGGUGGCUCUGCUCGCUACACGGCCGACAGGGCAUCGCCCCCGGCAACCGGCUCAAGCUGAUGGUCGGGCCUAUCUACGAAGACUCGGAGGCGGGGGGCACCUCCGCCGAAGCGCAGGGUGCCUACCAGAUCCCGGUGGGCCGCCAGGGACCGCCAGGCAGCGGCAGCCCCUACCGCGACCCCAUCUACCAGGUGCCCCCUCAACAUGGGGGGCAGGGCAUUUACCAGGUGCCCCCCGCCCCGAUAUCACACACGCCACAGGGACACGAGACUUAUCAAGUACCGCCGUCCAUACAGAGGACCACCUGGGGGGCAGAGGGGACCCCUCCCACCAGUAAGGUGAUGACUCCAAUCAGAUGUGGACAAGGCUACGUCUACGAUUCUCUGUCGAGGCAAAAGAUGUACGAUAUCCCAGCUGCUCAUCACCAAGGGCUGUACGACAUUCCCCCUUCUGCGCUGAAGGGAGCGACCCAUCAGAUACAAGCCGAGGGGUUCAGGGCCAGGGGGCUGUAUUCCAUCCCGUCAAGUUUGGCCAAGGAUAAUCAGAGUCUUUACGACGUCCCGCCGUCUGUGUACAAGGAGACGUUUGGUGGUGGGGACAAGGAGUCGAACUACGACUUCCCGCCACCGAUGAGGCACCUGGCGGACCCACUAAGUUGCCCCAAGGCUGAGGGUUUGUACGAUAUCCCUCCGGCGUCGGUGAAACCGCCGCCCCCCGGCCUCCCGGUGGGUUCGGUGAAGCAGUCCAUCUACGAUGUGCCGCCUGCGGUGGCCAGCUCGGAGUUGCUUUCCAGCAGACUGUGCGGCGUCUAUGACAUCCCAUCGGCCGGCAGGCGGCCGAGCCUGCAGGGGGACGUGUACGAUGUUCCGCGGGGAGUGCUGGAGCUGGGCCGGCCCGCCACGCCGGGGGAUGGGGCCUCUUCGGUCUACGACGUGCCGCCGCGGGUCUCGCAGGACGGGGCGGCGGCGGUGGCGGCGGCGGACGGGAUGAACCGCCUGUCGUUCUCCAGCACCGGCAGCACCCGCAGCAACAUGUCCACCUCCUCCUCCACCACCUCCAAGGAGUCCUCGGUCUGCGCCUCGCCCGUCCCGGAGAAGAAGGCGCCGCCGGGGGGUGACCCGGAGUCGGCCUUCGACAGGCUCAACCAACUCCAGCAGGCCCUGGACGGCUCGGUGCGGGGCCUCCAGGCCUUCGUCUCCCCCGACUGGCGGUCGUACGAGGCGAUGGGGAAGAACCUCAACGACAUCCACGCCGCCGUCGACAAAGUCAAGCACUCGCUCCAGGGCUUCAUGGCCUUCGCCCAGGGGGCCUUGGCCAACGCAGCCCGCCUGCCCGACUCCGCGCUCCACAACAAGCUGAGGAAACAACUGCAGCGCCUGGACGACUCCUACCAGAUCCUGCUCCACACCGGCCAGGCCCUGGACAACAGCAACUGGUCCCUCAACCUCCUGCUGGCCAACAAGCCCCUGGGCAAGAGCGACAACCUCGACCGGUUCCUCAUGGUAUCCAAGAUGGUGCCGGAUGAUGCCAGGCAGUUGGCAUCCUCCGUCAGUGCCAACGCCGAGCUCUUGUUCCGGCACAACGGCGGCGGCGGCGGCAUCGUCGGGGCGACCAACCUCCAGACCGUCCAUGAGAUGAACCAGGGGCCCGCGGACGACCAGGCCUCCACCAACUGCAACCAGACCCACCCACAGGCCGACCAGACCUUGAUCCAGAUACAGUCGCUGUACGGCCCACCGCACCGGGAACACCAGGACCACGGCAAAAAUAAAGAGCUCUUCGAUAAGAGUUGGAUGGAGGACUACGAUUACGUCCACUUGCAGGGGAAAGAUGAAUUUGAGCGACAACAAAGGGAACUUCUGGAAAAAGAGAAUAUAAUUAAACAGAAUAAAGUGCCUCUGGAACAACAUCAGUUGAACCAGUUCCAGGAACUGGAGAAAGAGGUCACCAAGCCAGUCGAGAACGAUUUGUCGAAGUGGAAAGUACGGCAUCACGUUCCCCAGAAGAGCAGCAGCCUGGGCCCACAAGACAAACAGCUGCUCGUCUUCUACUCCGAGCAGUGCGAGACCCACUUUGUGACGCUUCUGAACGCCAUCGACGCCUUCUUCAGCUCCAUCAGCAGCGGGCAGCCCCCCAGAAUCUUCGUGGCCCACAGCAAGUUCAUCAUCCUCAGCGCCCACAAGCUGGUCUUCAUCGGGGACACGUUGUCGCGGCAGGCCGUGGCCCAGGAUGUGCGCAAUAAAGUGUUGAACUACAGCAACCUGCUGUGCGAAUUUCUGAAGAGGAUCGUCACGGCAACCAAGAUGGCCGCCUUGCAGUACCCCAGCACUGCCGCAGUGCAGGACAUGGUCGACAAGGUCACUGAACUGUCCUGUCACUCGCACCAGUUCAAAGUCCUUCUACUGCACCUGGCGUCCUUAUGAAGGGGGCUCGCAAAGCGCUGGUGUAACUCGGCGGGUCGGGCAGCAUCUCUGGAGGAAAAAAAAGACACAAAGUGCUGGAGUAAUUCAGCGGGUCAGGCAGCAUCUCUGGAGGAAAAAAAAAGACACAGAGUGCUGGAGUAACUCAGCGGG